GUAACGUGUGUCUCGUGUGAUUGCGUCACAAUAAUGCGACAGUGUAAAAGUGUAAACAGAUUCUGCAGCUUCCUCACUCGGUCGCUAACAUGAAGGACCAAUGGUUAGCUUUCCGGUCGUAAAUGUUAACGUGGUGUCAAUAAUCCGAACAUUUGUAUUAAACAAUUUUUUUAACGUUUGACGUCGAACGUCUACCGAAUGAUGGCGCUUUCCUUGUUGAGCCUGUGCGCCAAGGAGGUGGUGGGCGACCACAGCUUGUCGACCCACUGGCUCCGCUGGGUGCCUCGCGAGCUCUACGGCCCGCUGCUGGAGGCCUCGUUCGCCGGAUGCAAACCGCUGGCCGUCGGGGAACUGGUGCAGAAGUGGCCCGAGCGUCGGCUGCGCGUCGGGGGGCGCAGGAAGCCAGGGCAGCGGCCCCCGUGUCGGCUCUGUGUGCAGGCUCUGUUGCUCGCCGUCGUAAGGGGACUUUCCGAUCAGAGAUGUGCACUGCGAGUGUUGGAUCUCUGCGGGUUGCAAGGGGAUGAGGGUCAGACGGUGGACUCGAUGGGGGGCUGGUCCCUGACCAUAGCGCUGUGCACCAUGGUGGUCCAGGCCCGAGCCGGAGAACGGAAGACGUUCUGUACCCUGGAGCGAGAGAAGGAUGUGAAACGAGAGAGGGGACAGCGCAAGAGAGUCAAGGAGGCAAAUGGAGACAAGAGCAUUGAGGGCUCUGCGGGGCUCUUCAGAGAAGCAGAUUUGAUGAAGGGGGUGAGGAGGAGGAUGGAGACAGAGAGGAGGCGACAGAGCGUGGGAACGGAAGGCGACGAGAAGGAAAGUCACUCGCCAUUGCAGGUGAGGGCGGACAUUUUCGUCAACGCCCGCUCUUGGGAGCGUGUGCGCGCGGCCCUGAGCGCGGGGGGACCCCUGGAACUGCAGUGCAGAUAUCUGCACGUGGAGGAGGUCUCCAUGAGCAGCAUCGGGACCCUGCUGGACUUCCUGCCGCCCCGGGGCCUGCUGGGCGUGGACGUGCGCUACAGCAACCUGGGCGUGGCCGGCCUGGCUCAGCUGCUCCCUCGGCUCGCUGCCUUCCCCGACUUGAGCUCCCUCUGCCUUCACUAUUGCAACUUGGACCUUCGCCGGGACCGGCCGGGGCAGGAGGCGGCGCUCCGAGACCUCUCCCGGGGUCUGGCGCAGCUGCGGGGACUGCAACGCCUAAGCCUCACGGCGCUGCGUUUGCCUGGACAACUUCGUGUGCUGCUCAGUUCCUUGCCUCAGCCUCUGGAGGUGCUGGAGCUGCCUUACUUGAGCCUCAGCGCGGCCGAUCUGGCCUACCUGUCGUGCAGCCGGCACGCUUCCUCCCUGCAGCGGCUGGACUUGAGCGAGAACCGACUCAAUGCCGACACGCUGCCCUCCGUACGCCGCCUCCUGUCGCAGGCGUCGGGCAGCCUGCGCCACCUGUCGCUGAGCGGCUGCGGGCUCAGCGACGACCUGCUGGGCCCGUUGCUGCCUUCCCUUGGCUGCUGCUCGUCCCUCCGAAGCCUGGCCCUCGCCCUCAACCCGCUCUCCACCGCCGGUCUGGUAAAGGCGGUGAGGACGGUGGCGAGGGUGCCCUCCAUGCGCCAGCUGCUCUACCCCAACCCCCUGGAGGACUACCAGCCAGGCCUCCCCGAACUGCCGUCCAGCGCGCAGCUCCUGGACUGGCCUCUGGACGAGUCCACGGAUAUUCACGCCACCAGCAGCCUCCUCAACAAAGUUCUGCAGGACUGCGGACGCUCGGAUAUUGUGCUCACUUGCGACCUGCUCAAUUAUGAUCAAGACUUAGCAGAGUGAUGGUCAUUAAUGCAGCGUUCUCGAAGGAUCCACCUUUUCAUUUUUAUAUUAAACGUGAGCAGAAUGUCAUACUCGUGCAAUGUAUUCUUAUUUUCAUACUUCAUUUCUUAAUAUAUCAAAUUUCCAUUUUCCAACUCAUUUUGUGUCCUAUGCACACAUCUCUAGUCAGUAUCGAUAGGCAGAUUCUAAGGCUGCCAAUUUUUUCCCGUUCCUAUUUUUUUCAGGCGCACCUAAUGUUCUGAAAUUAUUUCAGAUUUUUUUUUAACACCAGAUAUUUGUUUCACAUACAAUAAUCAUCUUUCAUGGCGUAAACAUACUGAAAAAUGGAUAUCUACGUGACAUUUUCAUUAAAUGUUUUGUCAUUUUAAUACUCUUGAGUCUCGUGAUGUUUGCUGUUGCUGAGU